AACGGCGAAAGACGGGAAGUGUGGGACGGGGCAGCGGUUUUCAGCACGGGAGGAAAUGUUAGCCUCGCCACAGUCGUUAAUCGCUACAGUGGUACGACAUAGUACACAAUGAAUGUUGCGCCUAUGCGUAAUUUUUCCUUCCACGAAGAACUCUUCUGACUUCUAAAAGGACUAGUUGGCUGAUUUGCGAUCGAGUGUAGGCUACAGUGCGCUGUGCCAUUUGGAAAUUCAUUGGCUGGCUCGUUCAGUUUGCUGCUGUUGCUUGCAGGCGGCUGUUCCUCUCCGUGAUUUCAUUGAUAACAGAUUUCUGGGGGCUCGGAGAGUGCAGACGGCUUCAUCCAACGUGGCUUGAAAACAAUGGACUUCAGUAGCAAUCGAGGUUGUUGAUUUUAGUCUCAAGAUAUUGAGACAAACACGAACUUAUUUUUUUCUUCAUGUAGCCACUUUCCAACGGGUGGGAUGCAACGCUUGUUCUAGGCGGACAGCAGGACGAAUUGUUGGCAAGUUUUGAACUCCAGAUAGCUGCUCCUUUGGCAGUCACUAGAACUUUAAAAUGUCUAAUACUCCGAAGUUCAAGAAAGAUAAAGAAAUAAUCGCGGAAUACGAGAGUCAAGUCAAAGAGAUCCGGGCGCAGCUGGUGGAGCAGCAGAAAUGUGUGGAGACGCAGACGGACAUGCGCGUGCAGCUGCUGCAGGACCUGCAGGACUUCUUCCGCAAGAAGAGCGAGAUCGAGAUGGAGUACUCGCGCAACCUCGAGAAGCUCGCCGAGCGCUUCAUGGCCAAGACCCGGAGCACCAAGGACCACCAGCAGUAUAAAAAAGACCAGAACCUGCUGUCGCCGGUGAACUGCUGGUACCUGUUGCUGAACCAGGUGCGUCGGGAGAGCAAGGACCAUGCCACGCUCAGCGACAUCUACCUGAACAACGUCAUCAUGCGCUUCAUGCAGAUCAGCGAGGACUCCACACGCCUGCUCAAGAAGAGUAAGGAGAUAGCCUUUCAGCUCCAGGAGGAUCUGAUGAAGGUGCUGAACGAGCUCUACACGGUGAUGAAGACGUACCACAUGUACCACACGGAGAGCCUGAGUGCGGAGAGCAAGCUGAAGGAGGCGGAGAAGCAGGAGGAGAAGCAGGCCGGCCCCACCUUCCACCUCCGCCUGGAGGACAAGCACCAGCGCCGCAGCUCCGUCAAGAAGAUGGAGAAGAUGAAGGAGAAGCGGGCUGCCAAGUACUCGGAGAACAAGCUCAAGUCCAUCAAAGCGCGCAACGAGUACCUGCUGACGCUGGAAGCGACCAACUCGUCCGUGUUCAAGUACUACAUCCACGACUUGUCUGACUUAAUUGAUUGCUGUGACCUCGGCUACCACGCCAGUCUGAACCGGGCGCUGCGCACCUACCUGUCGGCCGAAUACAAUCUGGAGACGUCGCGCCACGAGGGCCUGGACAUCAUCGAGAACGCGGUGGACGGCCUGGACCCACGCAGUGACCGCCAGCGCUUCAUGGAGAUGUACCCCACCGCCUUCUGCCCGCCCGCCAAGUUCGAGUUUCAGUCCCACAUGGGCGACGAGGUGUGCCAGAUCACUGCCCAGCCCCCAGUGCAGGCUGAGUUGAUGCUCCGUUUCCAGCAGCUGCAGUCGCGUCUCGCCACACUCAAGAUCGAGAACGAGGAGGUGAAGAAGACGUCCGAGGCCACGCUGACCACGGUCCAGGACAUGGUGACGGUGGAGGACUACGACGUGUCCGAGAGCUUCCACCACAGCCGCUCCACCGAGUCGGUCCGCUCCAGCGUGUCGGAGACGUACCUGAGCAAGCCCAGCCUGGCCAAGAGACGAGCCAACCUGCAGGAGACCGAGCAGUUCUACUUCAUGAAAUUCCGGGAGUUUCUAGAAGGCAGCAAUCUGAUCUCCAAGCUGCAGGCCAAGCAUGACCUGCUGAAGCGAUCUCUGGGAGAGGGUCACCGCGCGGAAUACAUGACCACCAGGCCCCCAACCCUCCCCCCCAAACCAGGGGGGACGCGGAGGCCACGCCCCCGCUCCGUCUUUAGCGUUAAGCUCUUUAACGGCAACCUGGAGGCCUACAUCAAGGACUCUGGGCAGGCCAUCCCUCGUGUGGUGGAGAGCUGCAUCCGCUUCAUCAACCUCUACGGUCUGCAGCAUCAGGGCAUCUUCCGUGUGUCCGGCUCUCAGGUGGAGGUUAACGACAUCAAGAACUCUUUUGAGAGAGGCAACGACCCCCUGACGGACGAGGAGAACAACCACGACAUGAACUCCGUGGCUGGAGUGCUCAAGCUCUACUUCAGGGGCCUGGAGAACCCCCUGUUCCCCAAGGAGAGGUUCAACGACCUGCUCACCUCCAUCAGAAUAGAGAGCCUUUACGAGAGGGCCCUGUACAUUCGCAAGAUCCUGUUGACUGUACCCAGAUCAGUGCUGAUCGUCAUGCGAUACCUCUUCGCCUUCCUCAACCACCUGUCCCAGUACAGCGAUGAGAACAUGAUGGACCCGUAUAACCUGGCCAUCUGCUUCGGCCCCACCCUGAUGCCCACGCCCGACCUGCUGGACCAGGUGUCCUGCCAGGCGCACGUCAACGAGGUCAUCAAGACCAUCAUCAUCCACCACGAGAGCAUCUUCCCCGACGCCAAGGAGCUGGACGGGCCCGUCUACGAGAAGUGCAUGGCCGGAGGAGACUACUGUGAGAGCCCCUACAGCGAGCACGGCGUCCUGGAGGAGGUGGAGCAGGAGGGAGGAGCAGAAACACACACCAGUGAGGACGAGGGGGAGCCCAUCGAGGCCAUCGCCAAGUUUGACUACGUGGGGCGCUCGGCGCGGGAGCUGUCCUUCAAGAAGGGGGCGUCGCUGCUGCUGUACCAGCGGGCAUCUGACGACUGGUGGGAGGGACGCCACAACGGCAUCGAUGGACUGGUGCCCCAUCAGUACAUAGUGGUGCAGGACAUGGACGACACGUUCUCGGACACCCUAAGCCAGAAGGCGGACAGUGAGGCCAGCAGUGGACCAGCCGCGGACGACAAGAGCUCCGGCAAGGACAUCAGCUCCCCUACUGAAGCCCGCAUACAGGAGGCCUACAUCAGUCGGCACAGGAAGCGGAGUGACCCCCCAUCUCGCCACCCCCCCGGUCGCCCUAGCGACGGCCACUGUGCGGUGCACCCCUCCCAGGGCCACGGCCCCCCCUCGGACGGCGGAUCCCCGGUGUUGAGUCACUACGGUCCACGCGACCUUCUGAGGGGUCGAGGUCACGGAGGUCAUGGGGGUCACAUAGGUCACGGCCCCCAGGACAGUCCAGAGAGGCGGCGGCGGACUGGACACGGCUCGCUGACCAACAUCAGCCGCCACGAGUCGCUGCGCAAGAUGGAGAGUCCACCCAUACGGCGGUCCACCUCCUCGGGCCAGUACACGGGCUUCAGCGCCGACCCGCACACACACCCGCACCACCCCAAGAGCCUGGACCCAGAGAGCAUCGCACAGGACAUCGAGCAGACGAUGAACACGGCGCUGAACGAGCUGCGUGAGCUGGAGCGCCAGAGCUCGGUGAAGCACGCGCCGGACGUGGUGCUGGACACGCUGGAGACGGCCAAGCACCAGCCGCCGCAGCCUCAGGGGGGCGCCGGCGAGCCCAUCAGCCCGCUGCACGGCAUGCUGGUCCACCAUCGGCACGGCGACGGGCACGGCCAGGGCAUGCGGCGCAGCACCAGCUCCAACAGCGACGCCAUGACGACCUUCAAGCCCGCCGUGGCACCGCGCAUGGGGGUGCAGCUCAAGCCGCCCGCCCUCAGACCCAAACCCAUGGUGCUGCCCAAGACUGCCACCCCCCCGCACGGGCACCCACACGCCCACGCCCACGCCCACCCCCAGCCCCCCGCCCCCCCGCCGCCACAGGAGGCCGUGGACAAGUCCUGCACCAUGUGAGGGGGGGCGCUGGACUGGGGGGGUGGAUGGAUGUCUGAGGGUCGGGGGUGGAGGAGGUUGUGGAGGUCGUGGAGGGGCGUGGUGGGGGGCAGCUUCUCCACCCUAACCCCACCCAACCCCACACCACCCCUCACCCCCACAGUAGUGCUGUAAGCCUGCCGUUCCUGGCCCAAGUCGGAUGUCACAUCGCCAGGGAUUCUCCGCUUUGGGAAUGUAGUUUAAUCUGGGACUAGUCGUAAUCCCUGUACGAGAAAGCGGAGCCAAUGGUCUGACCACAUGGGAUGACUUUAACCGGACCACUCAAGCGGGGAUCCAGGGGUGCUGAUGAUUAUUUACUUCUUUUUUUUUUUUUUUUUAAGUAGAUAUAGUAGCGGUUUAAUAUUUACAUUUAUGAGAUGCUGAUGCGCUCACUGAUAUUACUGUUGAUCAUUGAUAAUAUGUCACUAAGACAGCCCAGCGUUUUGAAAAUAGCAACAUAGUUUCUAAUAAAGACUAUAGUUUUUUUCUCUC